UCUUUUAUUAAAGUAAAUACAUAACUCUAUAACUCACACUGUUUCUUAUACCAAUUACAUUGUUUUAAUAGUGUGAAUUUAAUACAAUUCUCCCCGUUUUUUAAAGUAAAAUUAUGCCAAAUGCCAAACAGCUGGUAGGUCUAAUGUCCCAAAACAUAACCUCAUUUUUUCAAAUAAACAAUAAUCUGUGCAAUAAUAAUGUACAUAAAAGUAUUGUUAUUUUCGAUAUUCGUGGCUGUGAUCGCAAUAAUUUACCGCUCAAAAUUCGUGCAAAACGCCGACCCUAACCUCUUCACCGCCGCCGAUUUGCGCCGUUUUAACGGGAUCGAUCACCCCAAUUUAUACUUGGCAAUUCUGGGCAAAGUCUUCGACGUGUCAAAGGGCUCCGCCCAUUACGGCCCCGGUGCUACGUACAAUUUUUUCGUCGCAAAAGACGCCUCUCGUAGUUUUAUCACUGGUCAAUUCACAGAGGGCCAAGCCGACGACCGAGUGUCAGAUUUAGGCCCCGGAGACUUGCGCUCCUUGAAUCACUGGGUGCGAUUUUACCACAAAGAAUACAAACGAGUCGGUAAAUUAAUCGGGCGCUAUUACGACGAAACGGGGAAAUUGACACAAUACGGGAGAGAAGUGAAGAAACUUAUCCAAAAGGCAGAACGUGAGAAGGAAUUUCACGAUGAGGAAAAGCUCAAGUUUCCGCCGUGUAACGUUGAGUGGAACGCGGACACGGGGAGUCGUGUGUGGUGUACGGAAAAAAGUGGAGGUGUCUCCAGGGACUGGGUGGGUUUUCCAAGACAGUUGUACGAACCUGGCUCGCAAAGUUUUAGGUGUGUUUGUGUGAAGUCGGGCGAAGUCUCGGCGAAUUUGAAACAAUACGAUGGGUGUGAUGCAAGUUCAAUUAGUUGUUUUGUUAAAUCGUGAAUAAAACUAUUUUUUAUUAA